AUGGCUUUCCCCGGCGAGCGUUUCGUCCUUGAUCUGGAUGACGAGCCUCCUGAGGAGACUACUCCCUCUCCAUUUGACCUCAUAGGGGAGAUCCGUGAGAGGGAGCCGACCUCCGCCAACUCGCCCGCGCCCGCCCCUCCGACGCCCACCGCUUCUUCCACCGGAUUUCCCGCGCACCGACGACGCAAUAAACCGUCCUCCUUCAAACAGCGACGAGCGCAACAGGAGCAGGCAGCUGCACCGAGCACAGAACCAUCACCGCAAUCUGCCCAAGAUGACAAGAAAGCCAUCGCGGAGGAGAACCGGCGGCAUCUGGCGUCCAUGUCGGAGGCGCAGAUUCAGCAUGAGCGGGAGGAAUUGAUGGCGUCGAUGGACCAAGGGCUGUUAGAACGCUUCCUCCGUCGAGCCAAGAUUGAUGAUGGGCAGGACAGCUACGAAGAGCCCAAAGCGGCACCCGCAUCAGAAGGAUCGGGGCCAUCAAAACCAAAGAAGUCUGUUUCCUUCGACAUCCCGGCCCUAGCACCCGAACCUUCCUCAAAACCACCUACCCAGGCGGCAGAAUUGCCUGAAAGGUCCAACAAGCCGCGUGGACGUGAUGAUGCCGCCCCUGCACAAACCCCAGCCGACCUCCAUCCCGCCUCAGAGCGGCCCUCCCUCGACCCAGCCAUGAUCGAGCCCUUUCACUUCCCGCAACCGAAAAAUCCAAUGCCAACACUAGAUCCAUCGUCACCGAAUUUUCUCUCAGAUCUCCAAUCCCACUACUUCCCCGAGAUAUCCCACGAUCCCACCGCGCUCUCUUGGCUCCAACCCCCGCCAGAUGACGAAGAAGAUCCCGACUCGACCUCAGCCUACCACCCGGCCAGCAGCGCCAUCUCCGUUGCACCAUCCGCAAUCCGCUUCUCGCUACGUGGAGCCAUCAUCGCUCCCAAUACAUCUCUCUCCCUCCCGACAACCCUUGGCCUCCACCACCACGGUGAAGACCCCCAUGCGGCAGGAUAUACGAUCCCGGAGCUGGCAAUCCUCUCACGCUCCACAUUUCCCGCUCAACGCUGUGUAGCUUGGCAGGUUCUCGGACGGAUCCUGUUCCGUCUUGGCCGUGACGAGUUCGGUGAGCGUGGUGGACAGCUAUCAGAGGGAUUGUGGUUCGUCAUUGAGAAAGAAGGUGUCGUUGGCGGCAUGUUAGCCGAGGCGGAGGGUGUACAGGAUCCCAGUAAGAGCCAGUCUGGAAAGGACGAGAAGAAAGAUGAAAGUAGUUCGAGCACUGUACCUCUGGCCUCGGGUAUUGGACGGCAUGCGAGUGCAACGGCGUGGGCAACUGAAGGUGUUUGGCUGUGGCAGAAGGGCGGCGGCGGAGAUCGAGGAUUGUUGAAGGAGGGCCAGACUCGGCCGCGGUAG